AAAAACCACAGAUGAAAAUCGAAACAUUGAACCGCGCGUUUCAAACGAUGUGACGUAACGCCAUCUAGCGGUCAAUAGCUGGACUUUUAAGUGAAAGUGAUCCGAGUCUGCGGUUAGCGUUCGAUUUUCAAAAUGAAGCUCAAUUUGUUUAAGCGGUCGAUGAUUUUCGCGACUUUCUUCGGUUCGUGUUUGUGUAUUGCGUUGAUUGUCGCGUCGUUAGGAACUACACAUUGGAUUGAUGCAAGGGCUAAAAGAACUUCGAACCCUCUCGAGUCAGAGGGCAGGAUCAGUUUUGGAUUAUUCGAAGGUCACAAAGAGCUGAAUUUUGGUUACGGGUGGAGGAACCAUGAUUUUAGCGUUAAAGCUGGCAACCACCCCGCGCGGCGUUGGGCGUGGUGCGGAACGGCCGCGCAGCUCGGCGCAGCGCUGGCGUCGGCCGCCGGCGCGUGCGCGCUCGCCGCGCUCGGCUCGGCCGCGCGCUCGCGGUGCUCGCCGCGUCCGCUGCUGGUCGGAAACUCUCUAGCUGUGCUAUUUACCUUGGGAGCGAUAUCGGUGUGGCUGACAGAAUACUUCUUACGGCUGCAACACAACGUCAUGUCCGCCGAGGACCUGGCCAAUACCUGGGCUUCUAGCGGUAUGGCUGACUUGGGUCUCUCGUUUUGGUUGGUAGUUGGUGCGUCAGUCACAGCGUUUGUAAACGACGUGUGUAUAUUGAUCGCGAUGGCCGACGGCCGGGACAUAGACACUAUCGCUCCAGCUUUAGAGGAGAAAGUGAAUGGAGCUAUCAUGUUGUAUUAAGGCCCGGCUCCAUUGUUACGUUGCGCUCCAUCGUCCACCGUUGCGUUGUCAUUGACGAAUCGACGCAGAAAAACUCAAAUAUUGAUGGAGUUCCGACGUACGUCGAUGCACGUCGAUGUCAAAACCUAUGUAAAAUAACGGAGCAAUUGGGCUGCGGCUAUAGACGUACAGUGGGGACAGAUAAACCUGACCCUGUAUUUUGAUGAAUUAGUAAGGUUAGGUAUAUCUGUUAUCGAUUAUAUUCGUCUGUCGUUACUAUAUACAGUAUCCGGGAUUUGGGCGUACUUAUGUCUUAAACAUCGGCCAUGACUGCCAAUCGACGCACAUUGCUCAGUUUUCGUUGCGCUUUAAAAAGCUCAUAUUACAACAUGUAAAUGUACGUCGAACGAUCAUGAUUAUGGCCGAUUAACAGUUAAACGCGGUUUCAAAGAUUUUGUAUAUUUCCAAUUGCUCCAUCCAUUCCCAUAAAAAUUUAAAUAUUUAUAUGA